UUAUCCAUAACAAUGACAUAACUUCAUCUCCCAUUUUAGUUUUUCUAGACUGACUUUGUUUCAAAUCGCUACCUAUAUGCAGUUCAUACUUAUAUAAUAUAUUUAGUGAUUAAUAAUAAUAUUGAUUUUGUCUAAUAAUCAGAGGGAGCUGCGGUGGGCGGGGCUUAGCUGACGACUACAAAACAGACAGACAUACGUCAUCUUUCAAACUCCAGUUGCAGGACGAGAGAGCCAUCAUGCAGAGUCAGACCUGAACCAGGCUCCAGUUAUGCCCUCUGCUCACCUACAAAAGUUUUAGCAGAAGUGAACCAUGGAAAACUCUGGCAGGCCUUAUCGGGCCAGGCAAGGCGGCUGGGAGAGGGGAGCAGGAGCAGGAGCAGGAGCAGGAGCAGGAGCAGGAGCAGGAGCAGAGAGAGCAGAGAGGCCAGAGAGGCCAGAAGGCUGGAGGAACCAGGAACAGGGUCGAGGACACAACUACAGACCAGAGGGAGGUCAGCAGGGCAAGAACUAUGGCGGGCCCUACCGGGCCAGUCCCAAGAAGGGAGGAAUGGGGCCCUUGAGCUACUCCCCUGGUGGAUUCAGAGGUGGUCACAGCCCCUCACAGAAGGAUGACCCCCGGUGGUUCUCGGGUUCUGAGAACAGUGGUGGGACUCGAGAAGAUAACUGGAGAGAGCGCUCGCAGCACUGGAGGAGGAGUACCCAGGGAGAAGGUCCAAGGGAGGACAGGGAGCAGGGGGGGAGAGAGGACGCUGACGGCAGUGGUCAUAAAUCAGGGAGAAGACGGAGAAACAGAAACAAGAAUAAAGGUUAUGCUGAAGAGAACCAGGCCCCAAUGAUUGAUGAGUCCACACUCUCAGCCAAAGAGCUGCAGAGCCUACGGCAGGCAGAGAGGCGGCUUAACAGAGAAGAGAUCUUCAGCCUGAAGAAGAGGUCCCACAGCAACCCUGGUGCACUUUACACCUGCGCUCUGUGCGAUGUUCUGCUGGACUCUGUGUCUGACGCUUACAGACACAUCCGAGACAAACGGCACAAGAGGAGGGCCAAGGAGAAGCAAGAGCAGGUGAUGCUGACUGAGAUUCUGCCUCCUGGUCCGGAGCAGGUCAGUGCAGUGAGUGCGGCACUAGAGGCUGUUGUCCGGGAACACGGGAUGAAUGACCAGGAUGUUGCGACGAGACAAUGCGUUGUCUCCAUGAUGCAAGACCUCCUUCUGUCCGUCCUGCCUGAGAUCAGGCUCAGGCUAUAUGGAUCAUCUUGCACUAAGUUUGGAUUUAAAGAUUCUGAUGUCAACAUUGACAUUCAGUAUCCACCUCAUAUGCAUCAGCCAGAUGUCUUGUUGUUGGUCAAGGAGAGCCUCUCUGUGAGCCCUAUUUUUGUUGACAUGGAAGCUGAUUUUCAUGCCAGGGUGCCUGUGGUCAUCUGCAAAGAGAAAAAGAGUGGCCUGGUGUGCAAAGUGAGUGCAGGGAAUGAAAACGCGUUCCAGACCACCUCCUAUCUGUCUGCUCUAUCCAGUCGUGAGGACCUCCUCCUUCCACUGGUUUUGGGUCUCAGACGCUGGGCCCAGAUCAGUGAGAUUGACCGUGCAGAGGAAGGUGGGCUGCCACCGUACGUCUUCGCCCUCAUGGUUAUUUACUUCUUACAGCAGCGCAAAGAGCCCCUCCUGCCUGCCUACCUGAAACAAGAGAUUAAGGUGUUUUCACUCAGCAGGCUUUCAGACUUCAAUCUCACACAUACAGAGGAUGGACAUUUACACUGGGCCUACACCCCUCCCUCUAAAGAACAGCCAGCAGAGGGCUCCUGUAUAAAGGGAAAGGUUCCUCUGGUGUUUCAGAGCCCUCACCCGCCUGUGGAAGUUGGGCUUCUCUGGGUGGAGAUGCUUCGCUUCUACUCGCUGGAGUUCAACCUGGCUGACAAUGUAAUGAGUGUACGGACCAGUGCUGUCCUCUCCAGAGAGAUGAAAGACUGGCCGAAGAAACGCAUCGCUGUGGAGGACCCAUUUGCUGUAAAGAGGAAUGUGGCCCGCACAGUGAACAGCCAGCAGAUGUACGAGUACAUCCUCCACUGUCUCAAAACCACAUACAAGUACUUUGCACUGCCUCUCAACACGCCAGCUGCCAACCACAAGACAAAGGCGAAGGGUGGACCUACUCAAGGGGCAAACGCCGAGGCUUUGAAUGAAGACAUCGCGUCAGAGUUCAGUCAGCUCAGUGUUCAGUCGCAAGAUGCAAACCAACCUAAAGCUGUAGAAAACGGUCCUGAAGACUCUGAUUGCAUUAUUGAGGAAGAGGAGGAAGUUGAGGAAUAUAGUGACUCAGAUGAAGAACGAGAGAAGGAAAAAGUGGACCAGGGCAAAAGCAGUCUCUCUGAGGAUGAGGAGGACGAGGAUCUUGAUGUUGACUCGCAUAACAGACUUCACUUGGACAGUUUCACCACAGAGGAUGAGGAGAUCUUCCCAGUGGAUGAGAUCUCAGGGGAGGAGCUUCUGUCUGAUGAGGAGGGUCCAGAUUUUGACACACCUGGUUCAAUGGAUGACGAAGUGGUGGAUUUGGCACCUGCAGGUCUCACACCUCCACCUUUAGAGGAUGAAGUUAAGGAUAAGACCCCAGAAACUAAAAACCAACAACAGAAGAAACGGUCUUAUGAGUUCACCAGGCAAGCUUUCACCAGAGGCAAGUCACACAUGGUCGUGUGCAGCUUGUGCAAGCGUGAUGGACACCUUAAGAAAGACUGUCCAGAAGAUUUCAAGAAAAUGCAGCUGGAUCCUUUACCCCCAAUAACACCAGAGUUUCUUUGUGUCCUUAACAAAGUCUGUGAGCAGUGCUACACUGACUUCGCCCCAGAUGAACUGGAAGUGGGUGUUAGAGAGCACAUCCUUCAAGACCUGCAGACCUUCGUCAGACGACAGUUUGCUGGAGCUCGGCUACAACUGUUUGGAUCAUCCAAAAAUGGCUUCGGCUUCAGACAGAGCGACCUAGACAUCUGUAUGGUGCUGGAGGGGCAGGACACCAUAGAUGAUGUUGACUGCAUCAGCAUCAUUGAAAGCUUGGCGAGAAUGCUGAGGAAACACCCAGGUCUGAAGAACAUCCUGCCCAUCACUACAGCAAAAGUACCGAUCGUGAAGUUCUACCAUAUUCGCACCGGCCUGGAGGGAGAUAUCAGCCUCUACAACACUCUGGCCCUGCACAACACACACCUGCUAGCGUCAUACGCCGCCAUCGACAGGAGAGUAAAGAUCCUCUGUUACGUCAUGAAGGUUUUCGCCAAGAUGUGUGACAUUGGGGAUGCUUCACGUGGCAGCCUCUCGUCCUACGCUUACACCCUCAUGGUGCUGUUCUUCCUCCAGCAGAGAGACCCACCAGUCAUCCCGGUGCUGCAAGAGAUUUAUGAUGGAAAGAACAAGCCGGAGGUGCUAGUUGACAACUGGAACGUGUACUUCUUUGAUGAUUUAGACACACUUCCCAGUCUCUGGCCACAGUGCGGGAAGAACACUGAGACGGUGGGGGAGCUGUGGCUCGGCCUGCUCCGCUUUUAUACCGAGGACUUUGACUUCAGAGAGCAUGUCGUCUGUCUCCGUCUGCACGACCGCCUCACGACCUUCAACAAGCAGUGGACGUCCAAGUACAUUGUCAUUGAAGAUCCGUUUGACCUGAAUCAUAAUCUCGGCGCUGGUCUGUCCAGGAAAAUGACUAACUUCAUCAUGAAGGCUUUCAUCAACGGCAGAACAGUGUUUGGCACAUCAGUCAAAGCCAUUCCUCCCGUGUACCCCACUCAGAUGGAGUAUUUCUUCGAUCCGGAAGUCCUCACCGAGGGAGAAGUGGCUCCCAAUGACCGCUGCUGCCGCAUCUGUGGCAAGAUCGGCCACUUCAUGAAAGACUGCCCCAUGCGUAAGAAGUCCAGACACAGAAGGGACUCAGAGAAAAGGCCAGAUCACAUGCGAGAGAUGGCAGAGGACGGCAGGGAUCAGGUCAGACACAAGGGUGAGCACUGGAGGAAAAGGGAUGCACUGGAGGUGCGCUGCUGCUUCCUAUGUGGAUCAAGUGCCCACAUCAAGAAGGACUGUCAGCUGUACAGAAGCCCUACAGGUAAUAUGCGGAUGGAAGGCUAUGCUUCCACCUCUUCAGCCCACGCCAGGAAUUUGAGAGAAAGGGAGAGACAGGGUUCACCUAUACAAGAAGAGAAGAAGAAGAGAAAGCAGCAAAAUGUGAUAUUAAGUCCACAAGCAGGUAGUUUAGCCUGCCGAAAUUUGGGUCGCUCUGGUCACAGGAAGAGCCCAGUGGAAUGAGCAGCAGCUGUGGCUACACAGACCACGAGGGUCUCCUCUUGUCCAGGCAGACAGCAACCCAAAGUCCAGAAACCAUUGAAUCUGAAUGGGACUGUUGGGCCAAUGGGAGCCCGUUAAAAGCCAAAGCCAGGACGCCUUGACUUGAAGCCAAAUAGGGCCUUUUUAUGUGUGUUUUUUCCCCCCCUAAAGCUCUCCUCCUCAGAGGAGCUUUUUAAAGCUUUCAUUUUAACAAGAGAAGCCAUUAUGCAUGCACCUCAUGUCUUUCUUUACCUACACUGCCAGUCAAGAUUUUUUUUUAUACUCAGUACAUUUCAGUGUCAUUGCAGAUUCAGUGUGAAAUCUCUUAAAUUAGAAAAUGUAAGUAAUUGAGAAGUGUCUAAUAGCUUCAAUCUUGAUCGCUACAAUACGGUAUAUUUUGCAGACAACAUACUAUAUAUUUGUCUAAUACUUGAUGCUAAAGCUUUUUGGCUCAACUGUCCUCCCAGUCAGGUAAGACCAAGUGUUUGUAAACAGUUACAGCUGUGAGACCAAUGGAGAUGGUGUGUUGUCUGCUCCUUAAAGUGGCUUGAGGUCAGUUAGUCAUCUACAUAAUUACAAGUUUUUUUAAGAUCAAUUUCAAAUUGAGAUUUACCAAACAAAAAUUUGAAUAUAGGUUGUUCAAAAACUUUUGCUUGGCAGUGUAAGUAAUGGCCAGGAUCUUAUUUUUUUAAUCAAAUUUCUUUUAAAUCCCGUUUAAUUUGUCCACUGCACUGACGUCCAUCAGUCCGUUUCUCCUUCAGCCUUGAAAGCAGCUCUACCUACAGUAUGUUUGUCUUGUCUCUGUGUUAAAGAAAACACCCUGUAGAUAUUUUUUCAGGAUCACAGUUUUAUUUUUUGAGACUGCUGAUCCACCCCCCUAUUUCAUAGACCCAUGCCCCUCAACUGCCUGUGUGUGAACAGAAGGACAGUGAAACUGUACUUCCUCUGCUAACCUGUAUGUGUCUCCACACAUGCUAGGAUGUGUUGUAACUAUAGUGUAAGAACAUAUAGUUGGUAAGGUUUAAAAAAAAAAAAAAAAAAAAAUACAUUUAGCUGGUCCAGCUGAUAGUGUACACUGCUGCAAACACUGUGUUCACUUACUCCUAAACUAGAGGUAAUCUCAGUUAGUUCCGUGAAGAGAUAAAUGUAUUUAUUUGCCACAAAGGCUUCAUUUUGAUGUAAUGGUGCCACAGAUUGGUAGCUGCACUGUGUGAGGGUACACGCUCUUAAAUUAUGUUGCUGCUAGUUAACGUCUCAAAGACCUGCUUAUCAUUCAACAUGCGAAGAUGGACUGUCUGGCUUUGUUGUUGUCCUAAUAUGGCUGAAUUUUAUUAACAGAAAUGUGUUGUUGAUGGGUAUUGUAAUCAAAAUUCUCAUUUUAAAGUAGCUUUGUUUUAAUGCCAGCUUUAUUGCAUUUCUUUUGUUGGACUCAAAUGGGAGGUUUAGUUUGUUAUUAAGGAACCACAAUCCUGCCAGGAAAGGUUGGCUUGCAAUCCAUUUUGUGUCUCAAAGAAUUCAUUAAACUGAAAUCAAAUCUCA